AUGAACUCUAUCAGCGGCUGCAGAGGCAUAUGCCCGGACCUAGUUCCCUGUCCAGCCGGUGUCUCCCUCGUCAGGAAGGCCGGUUUCACCAACCAAUCUCUGAGCGACGAGGAGACAGCCUACAUCUCCGCCAGGACGGCUGAGGUCAUCCCUCAAGCCUGGUCAUCGUAUCUCACUACACUCUUGGGGAGCAAUGUGUCCGCUCUGCCAGACUACGUUCCUGCAAUCCUGAAUGGGUCGUACGGCACGGAGGCGUACCCUAAUUUCUCCAUUGCCACAAGCGGUAGAGGCUAUAGGGCCGCAGCGUUUGGAGCAGGCGUUCUGAACGCUCUGGAUGGGCGCAAUGACACGUCAGUACGUGCAGGGACAGGAGGGCUCCUGCAGGCGGCGAUCUACUUGAGCGGUCUGUCUGGUGGAGGUUGGCUUGUCGCUUCGCUAGCCCAAGCGGACUUCCUUUCCCUCCCAGAGCUCGUCUUCGGCCCUACUGUCACAUCGGCAGAAGGAUGGGGUGAAUGGCUCACCGACAUUGACCUCGCCGAUCCCAGUAACAGCACGCUUGUAGAUGUGGAGUACAGAUUGGAGGCGAUUGCGGAGGUUUUGGGAAAACUUGAGCGUGGGUUCCCGGUUUCGAUCACGGAUUCAUGGGCCCGGCUGCUCGCACGCCAUUUCGUGAACGGUACCACGGCGGAGAGCUUCUGGGACUUCAAUCUGACUCAUGGUGCCGGAUUGACAUUCUCAUCAAUAUCCAGCUUGGAUACAUUCGUGAAACACCUUCAGCCUUUUCCGAUACUCGUGAUCGAUUCGGUGUCAUCGCAAGGAAAUAUCACCGCGAUAUUGAACGGAAACCCAGUGCCACUAACAAACCCUCUCUUUGAGGCCAAUGUUUAUGAAUUUGGUUCCUUCGACCCUGCUUUGGCCGCGUUCACGCCUAUGCAGUAUUUAGGGUCACCGAACAGUAGUAUAUGUGCCACCGGAUUCGAUCAGAUUGCAUUCAUUGAGGGGAUCUCUUCCAACACAUUCAAUACGAACAGUUCCUCAACCAGUGCAUCCAACGAAAGCUAUCUAGCAGAACUACUGCAGGCUGCCUCCGACAUAGUGUUGAACGCCGAUCCUGACCUAACAGUUGCCUUGGUACCCAAUGCAUUCUAUGGCGUGUCACCUGAUACCUUCAUUGACGCAAAUGAAACCCUUCUCCAAUUAGUGGAUGGUGGAGAAGAUGGAGAAAUGAUACCUUUUGUGCCUCUAUUGGUCAAAUCUCGUGGUGUCAACAUGAUUUUCGCCAUUGAUGCUUCUAAUGAUGCGACCAGCAAUUGGGCAGACGGCAGCGCGAUGAUUGUGAUGCAAGAUCGUGUAACUUAUUUCCCGGAAGCAUACUCCUUCCCACCUGUUCCGACCUCAGUGUCGACAUUCCUCGCGCAUAAUCUCACGACACGCCCUACCUUCUUCGGUUGCAACAGCUCAACAGAGUCAGAUGAACCGCUCAUUAUCUACCUUGCGAACGGCGGCGCACCAUUCGGGAAGACUGCCAUUAUGAACACUUCCGUGCAGCAGAUCUCUUACAGCGAGACGGAAAUGGAGGCGCUCCUAUCGCAGACCUUCGAUGUUGCCACACAGGGCAUCAUGACGGACGGUGGAGAGAAGGACCCUGAUUGCGAUAUUGCUGGAGCUGAGGAGGUGUCACAAAGCACCAAAGCACUUAACCCAAUUAAGGGCAAGUCUGCUUUUGUGACCUGCACAAAUGAUCCCACAUAA